AUGAUUGUAUCUGACUUGCUCAUUCUCCUCUACUUGCUGACACUAAUUCUGCUUGCCAAAUGCAAGGUGCUGGAUGCGGUACCAAUACCAAGUGCAAAAAGGUGGAGGUGGGCAAGGGAGCCAUUCAAUUUUGACAUAGACACAUUGUAUGGUCAGGCUGGUAGACAGAUGCUGACAGACACUUUGAGGUCAGAUCCCUACACAGAUGCAGACCUGCCCAUGUCACAAUGGAGUGGGCAUGUGCCAGAUUGCAGAGUACAUCUAGUGCCAGCAUACAAGCCAACUGAUCUAACAAUGAUGCAGAGAGGUGAGAUACCUUCAUCCAAUAUAGUGCAUACUACAGGGCUUGCAAGGACCAUACAAUGUGUGACCCGGCAGGUGUCAAUGCCAUCAACACCAUAUGCGGUUCCACAAACCCUGCCUCAAGACAUUACACCCACAAAAGAGGUCCGUCAACAAAUCAUAUGCAAGGCAAAACAUGGGGUUGUUGAUUGGCUUUUCAUGAAGUAUGCAAUGUUGCAAACUGCAGCAGAUCAGAAACACCUCAUCAAGAAAGCUAUUUUAGAUACAGUCCUGAAAAUUUUCUCAUUAACCAUUUUAUGCAAUUCCCUAGUCACUAAAGAACAAUAUUGUUCUGUAUCCCAAGCACUUACAAAUGCACAUGGCAAAAUUAUCGACAUUGCUCGCAGCAGUGUACCUCAUGCAUAUGAGCUAUACUGCCUGAAAGGACAUACAGAACAGACACCAACUCAAUACCAGGUGCAUAUAGCCAUGACACUUACCCAUACAGACACAUUGACAAUUAUGCACUCUCAUCAUUUUGAUAUGGAUGGUAACAUACAUGUUCACAAUCAUUUCAACCAUACAUUCAUCAAGCAUGUCAUGAUCCGGUUCAUUUGGUAUCUUAGACAUGAGACCUUCCUUGGCAAAUCUCCCCUCACGAAGGUCAACUACAUCAUCAUGAUUGUCAUAGCAGCUGUUUACUGUGUACUGCAGGAAGAAUGGAUGAUGAUGCCAUCCAUUGAUCCCUUCACAGGUCUGGUCCAUUACAACAAAUUCGUUGAGAUCAUCAACUCCAGCUUUGUCUAUCGGGCGGCACAGAGGUCAUUCCAACAGUGGUUGGGCUGGGGCCAAGCAUUAGCUCGGUUUGGAUGCUGA